ACAUAUAUAAAAGCAAAUCUAAUAAAACAUGAUAAUUGAAUUAAGUAUCGGAAUUAUAAUUAUUGCCAUUUUAAUUUAUAAAUGGUUAACAUCGAAUUUCAAUUAUUUUGAAAAAUUAGGAAUCCCAUAUAUAAAACCAAUCAUUAUUAUGGGAAGUUUCUCUGGUUUUCUAUUUAAAAGAGAAUCUUUACGUGAAGAAUUUUUAAGAAAAUAUAAUGAUUUUAAACAUUUGAAAGUUUUUGGUGUUUUUGACGGACAUCGUCCGGUUUUAGUAAUCAACGAUUUAGAUUUAUUAAAAAAAAUUACAAUUAAAGAUUUUGAAUAUUUUAAAAAUCAUAAAAGUUUUGUUGAUCCUGAAGAUGAUCCAAUAUCAGGAAAUUCAUUAUUUGCACUUAAAAAUGAUAAAUGGCAUGAUAUGAGAAUAACCUUAAGUCCAGCAUUUACUGGUAGUAAAAUGCGUUUAAUGUUUCAACUCAUUUUAGAUGUUUGCAAUAAAGCUGUUGAAUAUUUAGAAAUAAAUGCUAAAGAAAAUUUAAAAUCAGACGGAGGCUUUGAAUUUGAAAUGAAAAAAUUCUUCACUUUAUGUACUAAUGAUGCAAUUGCAUCAACAGCUUUCGGUUUAGAAGUAAAUUCAUUAAAAGAUAAAAAUAAUGAAUUUUAUAAAAUGGGACAAAAAUUUGUUACGUUCUCUACUUUAGAUAUUAUUAAAUUUGUUGUUUAUGAUACAUUUAAAACAGCAUGUAAGUUAUUUGGAUUUAAACCAGUUGAUCAAGCAUUUAAUAAUUAUUUUUAUCGUUUGGUUGUUGAUGCAAUGAAAUAUCGUAAAGAAAAUAAUAUUAUUAGGCAAGAUAUGAUUAAUAUGUUAAUGGAAGCUCAAUCAAAUCCAGAAAAAUCACAUAAUCGUGAAUGGACUAAUGAAGAAUUAGUAGCACAAUGUUCAAUAUUUCUUUUCGCCGGAUUAGAAUCAGUUUCAACUACAUUAUGUUUUGCAACACAAGAAUUAAUUGAACAUCCUGAUGUUCAAGAAAGAUUAAGAGAAGAAAUUGAUUCUGUUAAUGAAAAAUUAAAUGGUGGUCCAUUAACUUAUGAAAUAUUAAAAGAAAUGAAAUAUAUGGAAAUGGUUGUUUCAGAGGUAUUAAGAAAAUGGCCACCAUUUAUACAAUCUGAUCGUGUAUGCACAAAACCUUAUGAAAUAGAUGAAGAUGAUUUAAAAUUAAAAUUAAAUGUUGAUGAUGUAAUAUGGAUACCAAUAGCUGGUAUACAAAUGAAUGAAAAUAAUUUUGAAAAUCCAACAAAAUUUGAUCCAGAAAGAUUUAAUGAUGAAAAUAAAUCAAAUUUAAAACAAAUGUCUUUUUCUGCUUUUGGUUAUGGACCAAGAAUAUGUAUUGGAUCAAGAUUAGCUCUUUUAGAAUGCAAAGCACUUCUAUUUUAUAUUUUGAAAAAUUUCAAGCUUGAACCAUGUAAGAAAACAAAAAUUCCAGUUGAAUUGGAUCCUAUAAAUUUUCCGGUCACAGUUAAAGGUGGAUUUUGGUUGAAAAUGAUACCAAGAAAUUUCGUAUCAAAAUUGUUACGCUGUUUGUAUUGCGAAUUAUAUCGGAAUAAAAUGAUUUUCGAAAUAAUUGUUGGUGUUUUAAUUAUUGUUUUCUUAAUUUAUAAAUGGUUAACAUUAAAUUAUGAAUAUUUUGAAAAAUUAGGAAUUCCAUAUGUAAAACCAAAAAUAUUUAUGGGAAGUUUUUAUGGAUUUGUAUUUAAAAAAGAAUCUUUUCGUGAUGAAUUCCUUAGAACGUAUAACGAUUUCAAAAAUUAUAAAGUCUAUGGCGCAUUUGAAGGCAGAAAUCCCAUUUAUAUUAUUAAUGAUUUAAAUUUGUUAAAAAAAAUCACUAUUAAAGAUUUCGAACAUUUUAAGAAUCGUCGAGAUCUUGUUGAUCCAGAAGAUGAUCCACUAUUUGGUAGUGCAAUAUCAGCUAUGAAAGAUGAUAAAUGGCAUGAUAUGAGAGUAACAUUAAGUCCAGCAUUUACAGGAAAUAAAAUGCGUUUAAUGUUCCAACUUAUAUUAGAUAUAUCUGAAAGAGCUGUAAAUUAUUUGAAAAUGCAAGUUAAUACAAAAGAUGGUAUUGAAUUUGAAAUGAAAAAUUUUUUUACUUUAUAUACAACUGAUGCGAUUGCAUCUACAGCUUUUGGUUUAGAAGUGAAUUCAUUAAAAGAAAAAGAUAAUGAAUUUUAUAAAAUGGGACAAAGAUUUAUAAAUUUUUCAACUGUGGAUAUUAUUAAAUUCAUGAUAUAUUCAACUUUUAAAAGAAUAUGCAAGAUUAUUCGAUUUAAACCAAUGAAUCAGACUUUUUAUGAAUAUUUUUCUCGUCUUGUUCUUGAUUCAAUGAAAUAUCGUAAAGAAAAUAAUAUUGUACGUCAGGAUAUGAUUAAUAUGUUAAUGGAAGCUCAAUCAAAUCCAGAAAAAUCACAUAAUCGCAAAUGGACAGACGAAGAAUUAGUUGCACAAUGUUCAAUAUUUCUUUUUGCCGGAUUAGAAUCAGUUUCAACUACAUUAUGUUUUUCAAUACAAGAAUUAGUUGAAAAUCAAGAUGUUCAAGAGAAAUUACGUAAAGAAAUCGAUGCAGUUAAUGAAGAAUUAAAUGGUGAACCAAUAACAUAUGAAAAAUUAAAAAGUAUGAAAUAUAUGGAUAUGUUUUUAUCAGAAGUAUUAAGAAAAUGGCCACCAUUUAUACAAUCUGAUCGUGUAUGUACAAAACCAUAUGAAAUAGAUGAAGAUGAUUUAAAGUUACAAAUAAAUGUUGGUGAUGUGAUAUGGAUACCAAUUGUUGGUAUACAAAUGAAUGAAAAUAAUUUUGAAAAUCCAUUAAAAUUUGAUCCAGAAAGAUUUAAUGAUGAGAAUAAAUCAUAUAUGGAUCCAAUGUCUUUUGUAUCGUUUGGACAUGGUCCUAGAAUAUGUAUUGGAUCUCGUCUCGCUCUAAUUGAAUGUAAAGCGCUUUUAUUUAACAUCUUAUCAAAUUUUAAACUUAAUGUAUGCCAAAAAACAAAAAUUCCAGUUGAAUUGGAACCGAUUAAUUUUCCGGUUACUGUUAAAGGAGGAUUUUGGGUUCAAAUUGUGCCCCGCAAAUAAAUUCUAUACACAUUUGUAAGACAACUAUCAACCGUUUACUGUAGCUAAUCACUUAAAAAAUUUCAUUUUUUGUACAUUAUUCAACUUUUUCCCCCAAAAUCUUAUUUUUUUUAUUGUAUCGGUUUUAUCAGAAUGAUUUCAUCUUUUGGCAUUUCAAAAACGACUACGAGUAUAAUAAAUAAGGACUUGAAGUAUUUAAAAUUUCAAUAAGAUGAAAUAUUUUUAAGGAGUAAUUUUGUGCGUUUUACUUUUAUUUCGUUAAAGCUAUUAUACAAUUUGAUUGUCAUUGUUGUUAUCUUGAAGUAAUAAAUAUACUUAUGUAUGUAUGUACCUAUAUUGUAUAGAAAAUAACAUUUUUGUAAUUAUAAUAAA